AUGUCAACGUUGGUCGAAUUGUUUCGCAAAGCAGCAAAUCAAUCGGAGCUGAAAUCAAAAAUUGUCGUCCAUGAUGGAGACACGAAGUGGACAUUGGCUCAAUUGGAUAUGAUGUCGGAAAAUUUAGCAAAACAUUUCGUGGAAAAAUAUGGUGCUAAGAGAGGAGACUGUAUUGGCAUUUAUAUGAACAAGUGUGCAUUUUAUGCAUUAGCUUACACGGCUAUCCUAAAAGCUGGUUGUGCUUAUCUUCCCUUAGAUACCUUCUAUCCGCAACCUUUACUAAUUGAUAUUAUCACUGAAAUCAAACCAGCAGUCAUUUGUGCAACAGCAGAUAUUGCUGAUAACCUUUCAGAUUUGGCACCGAUGUAUGUAUUUGACUCUUCGUUUCCCACUCCGCCCACUCCGCCGCAGUCCAUUAAAUUGCCUGAAGUUGGUCCUGACGACCGUGCUUAUAUUGUUUAUAGUUCUGGCACAACUGGCAAACCAAAAGGUAUUGAAUGCCCACAUCGUGGUGCUGCUUUCUCAUAUGAUUAUCGAUUUAUUAAAUAUCCGUAUGUGGAAAAUGAACGAGAAGCUUGCAAUGUAUUUUUUGUUUGGGAAUUAUUCAGACCGAUUCUUCAAGGCGUUGAAAUGUAUGUGAUACCGGAUAAUGUUAUUUAUGACUUACCUCAAUUAUGUCGUUUCCUGAGUACCAAUAAAAUCACAAGAAUGAUGUUUACUCCAUCAUUGCUUGAAGCUAUCUUCGAUACUCAUUCUGAUGAAACAAUCCGAUCAACAUUUCUUACUUUCCGAACAAUACUGUUAUGUGGUGAAGUAGUAACAUACACAUUACUGAAACGAAUCCUCGAAGUCUUACCCAAAGUGGAAGUCCUAAAUUUAUACAGUGUUUCCGAAUGUCAUGACGUGUCUUACUCGAAUCUUACGGAAGUCUUCUACACGCAACCAUCAAGAAAGUAUGCUCCUGUUGGUAAAGUAAUCCCUGGAGUUAAAGUUGUUGUCAUGGAUGCUUCCGAGGGAUUGAAAGAAGUUCCAAUGGGAGUUCCCGGAGAGAUUUUUGUGGGGGGACCAACACUGGCAACUGGAUAUGUUAAUCGACCAGAAUUAAAUCAACAGCGGUUUAUAACUGUACCGGAUGAGUUGAAGGAUCAAUUAGGUGAACGUUUAUACAGGACAGGUGAUUGGGGAUAUUUAUUGCCUAAUUCAGUUUUGGAAAUUUGUGGACGUUGUGAUACGAUGGUGAAAAUUCGUGGUUACAGCAUUGAAAUUCUCGCUGUGGAAGCAGUAAUUUUAGAAUUACCAUACGUUAAAACAUGUGUGGUGAUAAGUGUUGGUUCAGAAGGCGAAGAUAAACAACUUGCUGCAUAUGUUGUAUUGAAAGAGAAUGUCACAAGAAAACAAAUGAGAGCUGAUUUAAAAAAGCAAUUACCUUUUUAUAUGGUACCAAGCUAUUUCGUUUACUUACCCAGUAUACCAGUAGUACCAGCAUCAUCAAAAGUUGAUAAGAAAGCAUUACCACCUGUGGAUCCACAAAAAGAUGUCGUGGAAGCAAGUGCGCUUCCAAAAACUCCAACGGAAGAACGAUUAGCUAAAGUAUGGGCUGAAGUACUAUCACGAACUGCUAUCGACAUUCAAGAAAGCUUUUUUGACCUCGGAGGACAUUCAUUAAUGGCAGCUCGUUUGUUGCAUAAAAUUGAGGAAGAAUUUGGGGUACAACUAAAUAUGCGUGAAUUAUUUGCUACACCAACCGUAUCAUCAUUAGCUCGACGUAUCGAUCAGAAGGAUGAUAGUGAUAAUUUGGAGCAAGUUGAUUUGGCACAUCAAGUUAAUAUUCAUGACUUCAAAGACAAUGUGAUGGAUUUACAUUUACGCGCUUUUUGGCGUUCCACCGACUUAGAUUAUAGCUUCUCACGUGAUAUGGUAUUACUAACUGGCGUUACUGGCUUCAUCGGUUCUCAUAUACUUGUCAAACUUCUACUUACAACUGAG